GUCCGGAAGGGAGUAUAAGUAGGGGACACGGAAACUUCGGUGUCGGGAAUGCUGUUUGCGGAUAAGUGUGUUGGCAUGUCGGACACCCCUGAGGGACUGCAACUGCAAAUUGACGCGGCGAAGUUUGCUGAUAAGUGGAGAUUGUCUGCCAACGUUAAGGAUAGUGCCGUCAUGGUUUGCAACGGGGACAGGGAGGAACCAGUAGAACAUAGAUGGAAGUGGGGGAUCGAGGAGAUUGCAGUAGUGGACCAGUACACAUACCUCGGAGUAGAGAUCGCAAAAGACUGCUCGUGGAAUGCACACAUGUCCAAGGUAGCGGAAAAGGGCAAAGCACGAGCAGGGAAGCUGUACCCAAUACUCGCAAACCGGGACCUCUAUACACGCAUCAAAUUGACGGUUUUGAAGAGCGUAAUCGUACCGCCGCUAGAGUACGCCGGAGAAGUAUGGGAAGGAAAUAAGAAGGUAGUGAAAGAACUCGAGGCGGCGCAGAUGAAAGCAGCGAAAACCAUCCUAGGAUGCUCCAGGCGCACAAGUAAUGCAGCCGUGAGGGCAGAAUUGGGGAUCCAAUCCCUACGGUCGGGAAGAGACGCGAGGAAGCUGACCUGGCAGUAUCGCAUGUGCGGGAUGGGAGAGGAGAGGUUGCCGAGAAUUGUAUGGGAGGCGAAGUGGGCAAACAAAAAGAGGGGUAGACAACCCACGGAAUGGGUCAAGGUUGUAGAGGACGUAUGGAAGGGGCUCGACAUCGACGAAGAUGAAACGCUGGAAACGGAGGGUCUACAGGGGUUCAAGGAGAAGAUAUCUGUUGCUUGUGCCGAGAGAGAACAACAGAAUCUGAGGAAAGAAUCCAAGGAUAAGGAGGGUCUAGAAGUGUACGGAAUGUUGAAGGAAGGAAUAGGGUUCAAGGACUACCUACAUGGACCAAUGGAUGCAGGAACAAAGCUUAAGGUCAAAUUCAGGACCGGGGACAUAGGCCUUCGAGAACGUCGACGAAGACAUAGGACGGUAGACGACGAAGACGACAAGUUCAAAUGUGAUUGUGGCUCCGAGUGCGAAGAUGGGGUUCAUGUAGUCGCGGAAUAUCAGUUGUACGAAAAGGAGAGGGAAGUGUACACGACUGAGCUGGUCAAAGUAGAAGGGAGGUACUGGGAGAUGUUCGAGGCAUGGAAUAGAGAGAAGAAGGUUGCUGUACUGGUGCAUAGGAGGUGGUUUGACAAGGCGGGAAGUUAUAUCGGGAGAAUUGAUAUCGUUAGGAUAGAUAGACUAGGGAAGACAUUUUUGAACCACCUUUGGCAAAGUAGGAAGGAACGAUUGGCCAUCGGUGAUCGGUCCUGUGGGCACAAUGCUCCGUCCUCUCGAGGACGCGUGGUCAGUAGUCUAACCGCUAAGGCAUGCAAAGCAUAAGAGUACGCCCCCGCCGCCCCC